GUUAUCACUGAACUGGGCAAUUCAGAGAAUAAGAUGGCAGUAAUCUCCCAUUUGCACAGUGGCUCAUUAAAGCCUGUGUGGAGAUACGCUUUUCAGUUUAAGAAGCAGGAACUUCACAGCAGCUUUAAGACACAGUCUGUUGUAAAUCACUACCCCAUCCUGCUCUGGUGGUCUCCCCUGACUGAAGAGAUCGGGAGACUGAGCCAGUGUGGAGAGGAUGUUUGCUUCUUUACUAUCAACAAGACUUACCAGCACAAUCAGAUGACGAGAGCAUUUCUGUUCUAUGGUACUGACUUCAGUGUAGACAGCCUACCCCUCCCUCGUAGAGGCUAUCAUGAUUGGGCCCUUUUCCAUGAAGAGUCACCGAAAAACAACUACAAACUCUUCCAUGAACUGACCAUCACCUUGUUCAACCACACCGCAACUUUUAGCCGCCAUUCUCACCUACCACUGACCACUCAGUACCUUGAGGGUGUAGAGGUCCUGAAGUCAUUGAGGUACAUGAUCCCACUGCAGAUGAAGAACAGCCUGAGGAAGAGGCUUGCACCACUUGUAUAUGUGCAGUCUGACUGCAACCCUCCUUCUGAUCGGGACAGCUAUGUGCGUGAGCUGAUGUGGCACAUUGAAGUAGACUCUUACGGGGAAUGUCUGCAUAACAGAGACCUUCCUCAGCAUCUCAGAAAUUCAACUGCCAUGGAUGAUGGGAACUUCUAUAAAAUACUGGCACAGUACAAGUUCAUUCUUGCUUUUGAAAAUGCUAUCUGUGACGAUUACAUCACUGAAAAACUCUGGCGGCCACUGAAGUUGGGAGUGGUACCAGUGUACUUUGGGUCUCCCAGUGUUGUAGACUGGCUUCCUACUAACAAGAGUGCAAUCCUGGUAUCCAGUUUUUCACACCCUCGGGAGCUGGCCCACUAUAUAAAAACACUGGAUACAAACGAUCAAGAAUAUGAGUCCUACCUGCAAUGGAAACUGAAAGGGGACAUAUCCAACCCAAGGCUGCUUAUGGCAAUGAAGGAACGCAAGUGGGGAGUGCAAGAUAUCACUCAAGAUAAUUACAUUGAUGCCUUUGAGUGCAUGGUGUGUAACAGAGUGUGGGAAAACAUCAGAAGGAAAGAAAAGGGGUUGCUGCCCCAGAGGUGGAAGGCUCAGGUUAACCAUCUGAGCUGUCCCAAACCAGAGGCGUUCUGGUUCUCAUCUUCAAACCCUGGCUGGACUUCUCUCCAGGAGAUGUGGAUACCAAGCUUCGAGCAAUCCAAGAAAGAAGCCUGGGCGCUGAGGCACCUGGUGGAAAGGAACAGGAAUUUUACAGCUCAAGAAUUCUGGAUGCUUGUAUUCAACAAAUAAACACAAUGACAUGUAAAACAGAGUGAGCUCCU